AUCAAUCCUGUAAGAUGAAUUCAAAAACCCCAAGACGUUUAAGGAAUUGUAACAUAUUGAAUGCCAUGUUUGCUACUUUUUUCUAAUUUUUAGCAAAAUAUGAAAAAGUGUCGGAGUAGUAGGCCAUAUUUGAAAUGCAGACUGAAGUUCGAUUGGCACAUUAAAUCGCAUGAUAUAUCAAAUCAAUUUCUGGGUGUCCUGGCUGAAUUUCUUGUAGAAAAAGGUUUCAAACGGCCUGGAAAGAUUACCAAGCGAAAUCAUGAGGAACGAAGUGUUACAAAAUUUGGUAGUUGUGAUCUGGAAAGAAGAGGGUAUUUCAAAGACAAGGGUGUUCCAAAAAAGGACAGCAAUGUGGAUAAAGCGUAUUCACCAACUGCUCGAAAGUCUUCAUUCGCUUUGAUUGGAAUGCGCUCGGUAUUACGUAGUAUGCAGAGGAAUGUGCUGUCAGCAGUAUUCUUUGAUACAGUCACAAUCAAGCCUUCAUCGGUUACAACUACUUUGGGGCUAUACGCUACGAGCUUACAGAAUACGAAGGUAUACGCGAUCUCCGGUCUAAAUGCUUCUCUUUCAAAAGCACUCAAUAUGCCAAUGGUAGGAGCUGUAGGAUUGAUAAACAUACCCACCACAAAAGAGCUCUGCGAUUUGGCAGCCCACAUAUUCACUAGUGUCAGCAUUUCAAAUAAACAAAUUUGUCUACCGACUGCCGUAACAACUGAACUGCAAACUCCGAUUGGGAAGAAGAAAAAAAGAUGA